AUGAACCCCUUCCUGGGGACGAGCGCUUCGUCCACAGAGACCUCGACUACCUCAUCUCUUUCCCUCUCGCCCCAGAUGCAGCCUCGGUGGAUUACGUCAAUAUCUGUGCCUCCACCACUGUCUGGUCUCUUGCUCCCGCCGCCCGCAUUCACGCGCGGCCCGCCGACUCUCAGCUAUCCACACGACCGACCGCCUCUCCCGCCUCUGCUCUUCGCUCCCCACCAGACCACCGCCCCGACGCACCUUACACACGAAUCUCUCAUGGCCACCGCAGCCGCGCAUCUCUACUCGCACGCCCACCGCCACUCCGACCACUUUGACCACCAGUCGCCACCGCCGCCGCAGCUCCCAUUCGCUACUCUUACGGCCUGCCCGCAGCCUCAGCCACCAACCAAUUCACCCACAGCGGGCGCAGCACCGCCACCGCCACGCCCACAAGAAGCUUCCGCCCCCCAACACAAGGUGAUGCUGCAGAUCGGGGUGCAACCACAGAACCGAACGGUGUACCAGCGCCUGCUGAAGCCCUACCCCUCGGUCUACCUCAUCGUCCCGCCACUUCCUUCUGGCCCAGAAGCCACCGCUUUCUCGGGCGGUGAGUCGGGAGAAGCCCUGCGCCAGCUCCACUGGGCCCUGCGCGACGGCGAGGGCGUCUUCGUCGAGGCCAGCGUCGUGCGUAACGACAACGGCGACACCCUCGACCGCUCCAUCGACGGAGUCACCUCCGUGCGUCUCGAGAAGAGCGAUUGGCAUUCGGGGGUGUACACGGCGACCUUCAAGAAGCUCAAGCUGCUGACCACCUCCCAGCAGCGCUCCGGCACCAAGUUCUCCCUCUGCUUCCGGCUCACCUGCAGCGAGCUGGCCCUGGGCUCGCUGGCGGACCUCUCCGUGACCUCGUCGCCCAUCGAGGUCUUCUCGCACUCGCUCUACCUCUCGCAGGCCGAGGAAGAUGGAGGUGCCAAGAGAGAGCAGUCGUCGCCGAAGAACGCCAUAGCGAGGAAGUACGGCAACAACUGCGCGGGGCUACAGCUCAAGAUCAUGGAAAUGAUCCACGGGUUCAGAGAGCUCGGUGGAUCGGAGCAGGCGAUGCACGAGAGCGUGUCGGCGAUGUUCUCGCCCCACGGGGACUCGGCGCUGACCCUGUUCAACUCCAUAGCCGCCCCGACAUCGCCCAGCGCCCAAGCAGCCGCUGCGCCGCCAGUCUCCAGCGAACCCACGCCCACUCCACCCGUUUCGUCGCUGCAGCACCUCCUCAACCCCACACCCACCCACCCGCACCCGCACUCGCACCACCAGCAACACGACCAGUUGGUCAACGCGUGGAUGGUCCACACAGCCCUCGCCACCGCUUCGGGCCGUUCUCCGCCCUCGUCAGGGGAGCUCAGACACCAGUCCAUCGACGAGGGUCACCGCUCCAAGCGGGCGCGGCGACGAAGCCACGCCGCCGGCUCGCCGGAGGCCACUGCGUCGGACUCGGCGGCGUCGUGUCCGCCACGGGCCAGUCGCCUGCCCAGCAUCGCGUCGCUGCUCGACGACACGCGACCCAUCACUAACCUGCCUGGAGGGGCUGGGAAGACGCACUUCAACCGAGUCCAAGACCACCAAGGGCGAUCAUUAGAAGAGGAGGGCGAAGAAGAAGAAGAGGGGGAGGAGGAACAGAAGGACAGGACUGCACAUCAUCGACGCAGACGACGACGGCACAACAACAAUGCGGGCCACGCCAAGCGAAACUGCGAUCGAUCGUAA